AUGGCAUCAAAGUUUCCACCGAAGUUGGUUCAGGCGUCAAACAUUUUAUUCAAGAAUGGAAGAACAUAUUACAAGCAGAUGGUAGAGCAGAACAAGCACCAUGUCCAGGAGCUCCCCACCAUUGAGAAAUGUCAAACAUUAGCAAAACAACUGUUUUAUACUCGUCUUGCCAGCAUUCCAGUUCGUUACGAAGCAUUCUGGAAGGAAGUUGGCCAUUUCAAGAAUGCAAUAAAAAGCAAGGAGGAGCUGAAUGUGGAGAAUGCUGGCCUUGUUGCUCUUUUUGGCGUUGAAUGCUUCGCCUGGUUCUGCGGCGGUGAGAUCAUAGGAAGGGGAUUUACAUUUACCGGCUACUACGUUUGA